AUGGUACCGGCGGGAGAUAUAUGGACGCCAUCGUCCAUCAUUGACUCCGUCGAGCUAUGGGUAUUUUGGAUCUCUGUGAUAUUUUUUGGAUCCUAUGCGCAUCAGCUACGUCGUGUCGAUUCGCAUCCUCUGCGCCGCUCCACUAUGGGACGAUGGCUAUCGCUACAUACGCUUAGUAUGCCGCGGGUGCCUAAGGGCAUCACCAUGAUCGAUUUGCGCAUCGUCAAUGAGCAAGCCUUCUGGCGCCGCGUCUACGUUGUCCAGUGGGUCUUUAUUAUUCUUGGAGCCCUCGGCGUCUGGGUCACGGCAUGGACGUGCCCGAACAAUUCUACCCUCUUCCUCCCAUUCCUGUUGCAGGUUAUCUGGGUGUACAGUGCAUAUAAUCCUGGGUCGAUUUCCCUCGAUGUGCGCUGGCGUACUAUCUAUUCUGUAUUCUUCAUCACACUUUUCUUUGUGGUGUGUGAACUGUUUCGGGGCGCGUUUGGCUACCAUUUGACCACCGGCCACUGGAUCAACAUUGCACUUCUCACUACGAUUUGUGGCUUGGCAGGUACGGCACCUGGCAUGCCGCAUUACGAGGUGUUUGGAGGAAAGGUGGUCGAAAUCGCCAAUCGCGAGCAAGAACAAGACGAGCGUGAUGAAGAAGCGUUAUCCACCAAUGUUAUGCAAGUUGCGCCAUGCGAGGCGAUGAACAACUCCAUGAUUGGCGUGUUGUUCUUCACUCAUGUAUUCACUCUCAUUAAGACCGUGUGGCGCUACGGCAAAUUGGGCUCCCUUGAUGUGCCUGUUUUGGGCCCAGAGCUGCAUGCUGAAACCCUGGCCAUGAAUAUGCAGCAACAUUUGCAACUGGAGCAGCCCAAAGUAUGCUCAAGCCACAGUGGGUAUCAAGACGAGCUUGGAGAAGACGAAGAGUCGAAUGAGUGCACACCCCUUCUUCGCGACUCGUCGCAUUCGUCUGAGUCGACCAUCGUGUCUCCCCAUGCUCGACGCUUGAUUUUCUCUUUUGUGCGUGCUAAUGCAUUCCAAUUUUUGAUCUUGUUUAUCCUCACGGCUGUGAGCGUCGUAACGUACUAUGCGCCUGCCUUCUUCGCAAAUCGCAUUUUCCGGGUGCUUGAGUCAGAUAUCGCCUCGACAGAGACGCCAGCGCAGACAUUGAAACGUGCCUUACCGUGGGUAUUGGGCCUAUUCAUCACGAUCAUUACGAGCAGUACGCUUCAGGGCACUUUGUGGAGUCUUAUGGAAGGUUCAUUGACCGUUCGACUGACCACGCAGCUUUCCAUGCUGCUGUUCAACAAGACCAUGAAUUUGGCUCCUGCCGGUCAUUCGAGCAGCACUGGCCAGGUUUUCACACUACAGCUUAUGGACGUCGACCGUAUCGUAAGCGCCACAUUUCACUUAUGUGCGUUGCUCACUUCGCCCCUUGAGCUGAUCCUGGGUGGCUACUUUCUGUACCGCGUAUUGGGCAUCAGUGCCCUUAUUGGUCUCAGCACGUCCAUCUUCAUCAUACCUCUUGUCGUACUGCUUUGCCGUGCUUUGCGCACAUCGAACGCGCGCCUGAUGGAUGCUCGAGAUAAGCGUAUGAGCUUGCUGAGCGAGUGUUUCUUGGGCAUCCGUAUGAUCAAAGCACAAGCAUGGGAAAGUGUUUUUGAUGAGCGUGUUGGUAAAACACGCAAAGAUGAGCUGCAUGCACAAAAAACUACAUUUGUGUUCGAAACGCUCAUGUCCAGCAUUCUUGAAGUUAACCCAUUGCUUCUCACCUUUGUCGCAUUAACAUGCUAUACUCAAGUAUUUCAUCAAGUGCUUUUGCCAUCUGUGGCCUUUACAGCUUUGGCCCUAUUUACUGAGCUGCGUUGGGUGUUUCUGCUCCUACCGCGAGCCGCUAUUAGUUUGCUUCAAACAUUUGUAUCGGCAGACCGCAUCGCUACUUAUUUGUUGAAUCCUGAAGUCGCUCCUUCACCUAUCUCUUGCAUUCUGGUCAAGCCCGAAGCUUGUACAUUGCGUUUGGUGAAUGCGACGUUGACGUGGCCGACAAAGGACAAAGCCCCGUUCACACUGCGCGAUGUGAAUGCUACAUUUUCUCCUGGCAUAACGCUUGUAUGUGGCCGUGUGGGAGCUGGCAAGAGUCUUUUGCUCCAUGGACUGCUGCAAGAAGCACGUAUCCUCGCUGGAUAUGUGGACUGUCCACGCUCUCCACGCUCGGGUGUACCAUAUGAUGCCCAAUCGAAAACUGCCGCCCUGCAAACGCUCAACACACCCCAAUGGCUCCGUUCAGAUCUGGUCGCGUAUGCUCCGCAAGUGCCAUUCCUCCUUCAUACCACCAUUCGAGAGAAUAUCCUCUUCGGUCUGCCUAUGGGUGACGGUAAACGCUAUCAAGCGACAUUGGAAGUUUGUGGUCUUGGCCCUGAUCUUCAAGAUUUGAAGCAUGGCGACUUGACUGAUGUUGGUGAAAAUGGUACAGAGCUUUCUGGUGGACAAAAAGCGCGUAUCGGCCUAGCACGCGCUGUGUAUUCCCGCGCCCGCGUUCUGCUUUUGGACGAUGUCUUUGCCGCUGUGGAUGCCCGUACAUGUCAGCACAUCAUAACUCGUUUGCUGCGGUCGGGUUCGUUCCUUGAUGGACGUACUGUCGUGCUUGUAUCUCACAAUGUGCAGCAGGUAUGCCAGGCAGUGGAUUGCGUCGUGUAUCUUGACAAUGGGGGUGUCUCUUUCUAUGGAAAGCCCCAAGACUUUUUGGAGUCAGACCACUUUGCUGGAUGGCAGCAAGAUCGGGAAGAAGAUACACACGAGGAGACGCCUCCUCCCCCGCAUCUGGCGACCCAAGGCACAAAGCGCACUGCCGAGCACCGUGAAAAGGGUGGUAUUUCUGGGCGUGUAUGGCUUGCAUAUAUUCACGCCUGUAGUGGCUGGUCGUUAAGUUUGCUCACCAUGUUGCUGUUUGCGCUGACAAACUUGUGGGACCUUGUGACCAACAUGUGGUUACGUGAUUGGAGCGCUUCAGAAGGCCGCACGCAUACGAAUGCAUGGUGGCUAAGUCGCUACGGCGGCUUGCUAGCGAUAGGCAUCUUUUUCGGUGUCCUUCGCUGGAUUGGUAUAUAUACCAUGUCGCUGCGUGCCUCGCGAAAAUUGUUUGAUCAAAUGAUAUGGCGCACACUGCAUGCACCCUUGCACUUCUUCGAUAUUAUGACGCGUGGCCGCUUGCUGAAUCGCUUUGGACAAGAUUUAGAGGUGCUUGAUACUAAGUUUGCAACAGCGAUUUCAGAAGUCGCCAUCCGUGUUACCAAGCUCCUUGCAACAGCCAUCGCCCUGUAUAUGGUAGGUGGCACAGGCUUUGUGUUGGCAUUACUGGCCCUUUUGCCCGUGUAUGCGGGUAUGGCGCAUGUCUAUAUGAUCAUGGCUCGCGACUUACAGCGACUGAACGCGACAUCUCGAUCACUCGUCAUGGCGACGUUGACCCAUGUGGUGCAUGGUGUACAUGUGAUUCGAGCAUUUGGUGCUCAAGACCACUUUGAGAUCGAGAUGAUGGGCACGCUCGAUAAUUACAAUCGUUUUGUUUGGUGGGCCGCACAGGGUGGCCGCUGGAUCAGCCAAAUGUUUAAUUUGACGAGUUCAUUUCUUGUUCUCAUAUCAUGUUUUAUUGUACUGCUUCAACCGAACACAGAACCAGCCAGCAUCGAGUUCUCGCUCACAUUCCUGAUCGACCUAAAUUUCGUGCUGCUCAUCCUUAUGCGCAUGUACACUCAAUUGCAAGUCAGUGCUGUCGCUGUAGAGCGCGUCUUUGAGUUUACGGAUUCUAUUGAGCAGGAAGCGUCGGCCACGACCGAAACACGACCUCCUAAUGACUGGCCCCAAAAGGGCCACAUCGUUGUGCAAGAUCUUGUGCUUCGCUACUCACCGGAUGCACCUGAUGUGCUGAAGGAGAUCUCCUUCGACGUGCCGCCUGGAGCCAAGAUCGCGAUUGUCGGUCCAACUGGCAGUGGUAAGUCGUCACUGUUUCAAGCACUCCAACGCCUGGUUGAACCAAGGUCCGGACGCAUUAUUAUCGAUGGCCAGGACCUAUCAAAGGUUGAUUUGCACGACUUGCGCUCUCGACUGUACUUUGUACCUCAGGACCCCGUUAUUCUGUCGGGCACACUGCGUUCCGUCUUAGAUGUCAUGAAUGAGUUCACGGAUGAGGAAAUAUACGCGUCAUUGCGUGCCGUGCGACUUGUGGCAGAUGACCGCACGUCAUUUACGAACUUGGACAUGCCCAUCGGUGAAAAUGGCAAUAAUUUGAGCCUCGGUGAACGACAAUUGCUUUGCGUGGCCCGUGCUCUGCUGCACAAGUCGCGCGUCGUCCUCUUUGACGAGGCCUCUAGCAGCAUCGACCACACAACCGACUCGCUGCUCACACAAUGCAUCCACGACGUGUUUAAAGACAGCACUGUCCUUACCAUUGCACAUCGCCUACGAACCGUCAUUGGCUACGACCGCAUCUUGUUCUUGCAUCAGGGCCGAAUUGUUGAGACAGGUACGCCAGCCGCCCUGCUCUCCGAUACGACAUCUCACUUUUACCGUCUGUGCAAGAAGACGGGCUCAUCCGAGCUUCAACAUUUGAUCAAAGAAGCCCAGCAAACGGCACAGCGCCAUGAUUAG